AUGAUGACAGAAAAGGACGACUAUGGCUUGGUGAGGCCGAGCACUGAGGAUGUCGAAAAGGGAGCAAGAGAAGCCGAAAGUAUCAAGGCAAAUUCGUUCAAGAAUUCGACAGACCAUGUCCGUUAUCGAAUGAUCAAGAAGUCCCUCUUCAAAUAUUGGGAGCUCAAAGUGCUCCAGCUUGCUCUGGGUGUGUAUAUCACUAUCGCCACGUUUGUGCCUACUGGUACAUUCAGUGAUUGGGGUGGUUUUGUCACUGCUUCAGUUGGAUACAUCAUCGAUCCUGCCUCCGAGGAGAGAACACAAGAAGGUGUCAUUCUGACUCGAGGGGCUCGUAGAGCUGUGGUUGCUACCAACGACUUCCAGAUGGCAUGUGUCGCCAUCACUCGCUUUACUGCUUUCUUCAUGGUAGGAUAG